AAUUACGAGAUUUCGAGAUUACUAUUUUCAGAACAAGGUAUCUAUCUCGGUUUUAUUUCAAGCGUCAAUGAUCUCUCGGUGAAAAAGUGAUAUUUUAUAUAUUUUCAGUGUAAUCGGAUUGGUCUGUUUGGUGCUGUUGUCACGAGGAAUGUGUGAAAUAUACUCUACGUUGAAGCAAAAUCUUUGUUGAACAUGAAAAUGAAGGAGGGAGUUGAAAUUCAGCAGAUGAUGGCGGUGGAGAGCUGUUUGUGCACCUUUCAGUGCAUGCGACUGAGGAUCGUCUAAGCAUAAGGAUAGCAACAGAAUCGUGCAUGUGUUCUUUCAAGCACUCUAAACAAUAUCGUAAUUCGUAAAACCUGAAAAAUCUUUGUAUGCAGUUGGCUACAAGUUGUGUCGUCGAAUUUUGUAGUGUGCAUUGUCAUUAAACCGGCGGACGAUAAAGCUCAACUUCAUCUUUUAUAUGGAAUUUGGCAUGCGACUUAUGAAGCUUUUCUUAAUGUACUGUUCAUUGAAUGUUACACCAGGCGCAAAUAAGGGUUGACCUGGAAUAAUAAAACGACGCAUGCGUAGAAAAGUAAAGUGUUGUGCGUAAAGAAUCUUAUCGGAAAGAACUGUUUGCUUCACAGUUAGUUACUUUUCACAGCUGAACUGAAAAACGAUCAAAUUUAAAUUAUGGAACAAUUCACUCGUCGCGUACUGUAAAUAUCUGCUCCCCAAGACAAGUUGUGAAAGGUUAUAGGAAGUGCACGAUAAGACAACAUGUCUUCGGGUACGUUUGUGGAUAGAAUAGAUCCGUUUGCGAAGCGUUCCUUAAAGAAGAAGACUAAAAAAUCGCAGGGCUCAUCGAGAUAUCGGAAUUCGGCAGAUUUAGAACUACAGCCCCUCCCUCUUCUAAAAGAUGUCCCUUCAUCAGAACAAGAGGAACUCUUUAUUCGCAAAUUACGCCAGUGUUGUGUGGCAUUUGACUUUAUGGAUCCUGUGGCCGACCUGAAAGGGAAAGAGAUAAAGCGAGCAACCCUCAAUGAACUUGUUGACUAUAUCACUGCUGGUCGGGGUGUCCUCACAGAACCAGUAUACCCAGAGAUUAUAAAGAUGAUCUCUGCCAAUCUCUUCAGGACACUUCCGCCAAGUGAAAACCCUGAUUUCGAUCCAGAAGAAGAUGAUCCCACGCUGGAAGCAUCGUGGCCACAUUUACAGCUGGUAUACGAGUUUUUCCUGAGGUUUUUGGAGUCGUCCGAUUUUCAGCCAACUAUUGGAAAAAAGGUCAUAGACCAAAAAUUUGUACUUCAGCUGCUGGAUUUGUUCGACAGUGAAGAUCCUCGAGAACGAGAUUUCCUUAAGACUGUGCUUCAUCGUAUAUAUGGCAAAUUUCUUGGGCUCCGUGCAUUUAUUCGUAAACAAAUAAAUAACAUCUUCUUAAGGUUUGUCUAUGAAACUGAACACUUCAAUGGAGUUGGUGAGCUACUUGAAAUUCUAGGAAGUAUCAUCAAUGGAUUUGCACUGCCACUGAAGAAUGAGCACAAGCAGUUCCUUGUUAAAGUGCUACUACCACUUCAUAAAGUAAAAUGUCUCUCUCUCUACCACGCACAGUUGGCUUAUUGUGUUGUGCAAUUCCUGGAAAAAGAUGCUACCCUUACAGAACCUGUGGUGAAGGGGUUACUGAAGUUCUGGCCUAAAACCUGCAGUCAGAAAGAGGUAAUGUUUCUUGGAGAAAUUGAAGAAAUUUUAGAUGUUAUUGAACCAACACAAUUUGCGAAAAUACAGGAGCCACUUUUUAGACAAAUUGCAAGAUGUGUUUCCAGCCCUCAUUUUCAGGUUGCUGAGCGUGCUUUGUACUUCUGGAACAAUGAAUACAUCAUGAGUUUAAUAGAAGAACACAACAAUGUGAUAAUGCCAAUAAUGUUUCCAGCUCUGUACCGAAUAAGUAAGGAACACUGGAAUCAGACUAUUGUGGCCCUUGUGUACAAUGUGCUCAAAACAUUCAUGGAGAUGAAUAGCAAGUUGUUUGAUGAGCUCACAGCUUCAUAUAAAGCUGACAGGCAGAAUGCACCAGACCAAACUUUGGCCAAUAACAAAUGAUUAAUGACGAGAUUGAGGUUUGCAGCGUAUUGAAGGGAAAAGAAGAGAGAAAAAGAAAGAGAUGAGCUGUGGAAAAGGCUUGCAGAACUGGAGGUGAAUAAUAAAGUAAAAAAGAAAUAACCCUAACAUGAUUAAGUGAUGUACUAUAAAGAAGAAUCAUAGAACUUUAUUUGCUGUUAUAUUUGUUGUGUGAUGAACGUGUGUGGUGACCAGACUAAAAGCUCUCGGUGAUUGUCAGUGUUAGUCUGGUAGAGCAAAUGGGAAAAGUAGCAGCCAGAUUGGUGCUAAGCUAAAUUUGUAAGAAUGUGAUUACUUCAGCUUCUAACUUGUCUUGAGAGUUGGGAACAUGAUGUCAGAAGCUAGAAGCAGCAAGACUGGGCAGGCGGGAUUAUUCGGGAUUAUUGUUCACCUCUGUGUGUACCUCCAAACCCAGAUAAUUCUUAGCAGAUAAACUGAAUAUUGAUGUGCAUCCACCAAGUGCUACUGUUCUGCACAAAUUGUUGGCAUUUCCACUGACUGAAAUCUUAAUAAAUAUUAAAUAUAUUUGAUGAGAUAUUGUAUAGCAUGUAUACAUUUAAAAAUGCCUCAGAAAAUAAAUCUGCAACAAAAUUAAUGUGUAAAUCAAAAGUUUUUAUUUAAGUGUGCUUGUAGGCAAUUUGUUUACUUUUCAGAUGAUUGUAAAUUCAUCAGUGCUACUCCUUUCUGUUUAAAGUUCUGUUUUCUGAUUUUUUUCCCCUAAAAUCCAAAUAGUCAAAGUUUCACUGUUUAUUUUUGUGAUGUUGGAGUAGAUAUUUAUGGUAAUACAACAUUAAAGAAAACAGUUUUUGCCUAUAUGACCUGUCAGUCUUUUAUAAAAGAUAUCAACUGAGCCUUCGGAUGUGUGGAGCAGGCUUUGGGUGCCCCUUUUUUUAUUUCUGAAAUGAAUUCUUUCACAUUUUUCCAUUCCCUCCCCCCAAAAAAUAACUUUGUGUGAAACAUUACCUGCCAACAUCACUUUGAAUGUAACAUUUGUAAAUGAUCAGAAUUUUGUAAGUGCUAAUUGUUUUUGGAAAAGAGAGUGGUUGACUGCACAUUAUUUAUUUAUUUAUUUAUUUUGAAGAGCUGAAUUUGUAAGGUAAUAUUGGACAAUUUUUUCCAGUCUGCUGCUGAGUGACUGUAAUGUCAUAGUAUUAGCAAUCACAUUGUUGUUCAAAUAUUAAAAAAAGUAUAUAUGUAUAUUCCACAAAAGAACUGUAUUCAUCAGUCACCUAGUUGUUGGACACUUAUUAGUUUAAUAAAGAAAUGCUUAAUGUUUUACUGGAAUUGUUCUGUCAUUCUGUAAUAUUAUCAAUUCCAGAAUUGUGUAUGAGGCUUGAACAGAUGCUAGCAUUAUGUGGAUUCUCAUAAUUGUUUUAUAGUGGACGCAAAAUGAAAUUUAAGCUGUUUUUAGAGUUCACAGGAUAAUUUUAGAUUAUGUUUUCUUGUAAUAUAAUGAUUUAUUAUUCUUGUUUUCUUUUUCUUUUGUAAAAAUUUCACUUUAUCAUUGUUCAGUGUACCAGUAGCAGGUAAUGUUUAUUCUGUUGAGCAGGAUAAAACAUUUCGAGGCAGGACCUCUUUGAUGUUAGUUAUGCUUAAAAUAGCAUUCCAAUCGAAUAAUGGAAUUCACAAACCCGUCACGCCCUGCUCUUUGUAGCAAUGAAUAAAUGGUAUUUGUGCAGAUACCUUGAAAGUGAUUCAGAAAAUUUGGGAUCAUUUAUAUGCCUUUGAUUUCAUGAGGGAUAACAUUUGUUAAUCUAAACAGAUAUGUGUCGGUAUUUAUUAUGCAAAGACUGAUGAAAGGGUUACAGUAAGCAGUAAUGAAAGUUGUCAAGCUCCUGUCAGUCAGGCUUCUUAUUGUGCCAGAGCCCACGAAUGUUACUAAAAAUGGGCAAAUUUAUCAGAAUUUAAUCACUAGUCUUAGAAAUAACAAAUUAUAACAGAUGCUACUGAUACUGCCAUUUGCAAAAGCAAAGCUAUCAGUCUCACGCUGUAAAAGGGUGCACGCAGUAGUCAUGUUUAGGCAGCAGCCCCAUACAUUAUACAUGUGUAGGUGUGGGUUUAACAAUUUCACUUGAUUAUUGUAAUACAUAAGUAUCAUGAUUCUUCUCAAGUGCAUUGCUUUUUGUUCAGCUUCUAGUGUCCAAACAUGGUUUUAUUCCAAAUUAGAAAAAAUACAAAUUUCAUGUGCUUUUUCUUGACCAUAUCUUUGAUACUUGAACACUAUUUUGUGGGAAACAUCAUGUGAUUGAUCAUGCAUUCACUUUUCACAUGCCAUGGUAUAGGACAAACACUUUUCAAUUAUGAACUGAGAGCAGUUGUCAAAAAAAGUAAAUUCUGCAAUUACUAAACCAGGUUGUGUCUUCUAACUCUUCAGGAAUGAUUUGCACUUGUUGAGUAGCCAAAGAUAAUAGAACAAAACAAAAAAAAUUGGUUAUGUGAAAGAUUUCCAUGAAUUAAAACAGCUGCUAACUUGAUACUUACAUUUUCAGUUAAUAAAAACAAAUUCUUAUUUGUGAGCAGUGUCGAUAUGUAAACAGUUUGAUAGUGCAUAAUAUUUGUACCUAUCAAUCUACCUUAAUUUCCAUUGUAUACGUGAUAGAGUUAAAAAUCAUACAUAAACAUAAUUUUAUACAUAAUUUUGCUGUGGCAUUAUUUAAAAACAUGGCGGCAUAGGCACCUACCCAAGGCCCCCCCCUCCCCCUGUUUACACCUUAAUAUUCACUACCCCCCCCCCCCCCCCAAGACCCCAAUGUAAGACGCAAAGCAUGUUCUGUUGUUUGAAACAACAGAAUAUCUUCCAUUUGGCUCCUGUUUCUCUUCUUAUUUUCACCACUAGACAGGUUGAGUUAGAACUGCUCUUUUCUUUUCUUUUUUUCUCCCUCUUUUUAUAAAUGUUGUGAUUCCCACUGCAAUUUACACAUCGUCAGUUUGACUGAAUUAUCAGAUACAGAAAAACUGAGGAAACCAGCAUGUCAGCCAUGUUCAAUAAGAGGGAAAUUAAUGGACCUGUAAUAUGUGAGGUCUGGUUUUGACCAUGAAGUGACACUGUCAACAACAAUCAUUUCAGCACUCUUAUGUGCUGGCAAAUACCUUGUCUUUUUUGGGUAAAGCACUAGAGCAUUUUGUUUGAGAGAGAGAGAGAGAGAGAGAGAGAGAGAGAGAGAGAGAGAGAGAGAGAGUGUGUGUGUGUGUGUGUGUGUGUGUGUGUGUGUGUGUGUGUGUGUGUGUGUGUUUGCAUGCUCAUUUAUUCCCAUCAUUGGUUUUAUUGCCUCAUUUUAUAGUUGCUAUGUGUAUAGUUCUAAAAAUAUGUUCCUACAAAAUUCCUGUACAGAAAAGAUGUUCUAAAAAUUCAAAGUGACUGAUGAGACUGCAGGUUUUAUCUUUUGAUAAAAAGGAGAAACUUUUGGCUUUGAUAUGACAAGAGUCCCAGUUCAUAAACAGAAUGUAUUGUUUGGUAAUGUAACAGUUUGAUUUUGUAAAUGAUGUGAUUAUGCAUUUGUAAACUAUUCCCAUGCACAGUGAACCAUACAAUCUGAAGGCCGGUGGAAGUUUAUAAAGUAUGUGAGCCUGUACUGUGAAAUGUGAUAAAUGUUAAUGGGACAAUUUUGUCACAGAGCAAAACCAGAGAUUUAUCAUGAGUACUAUAUAGAUUUUUUUCACAUUUCACAUUACAAGGCAUUAAAGAAAUCACAAAACAUUUUAUUCUUGUUUCCAGCUUAUCAUUACAAAACAUAUGGUGUAUUUUGUUGUAGUUUGCUGUGAUUCAUAUUUUUGUGAUGAUCACAAAACUUCCGCACAUACGUAUUUGUGUGUGUGUGUGUGUGUGUGUGUGUGUGUGUGUGUGUGUGUGUGUGUGUGUGUGUGUGUGAGAGAGAGAGAGAGAGAGAGAAGAGAGAGAGAGAGAGAGAAUUAAAGUGUGCUUGUACACACAAAUUUUGUUUUGUGUAUCUGUUGUAUUAAAGUGAAUUACAGAAAAUCACAUGUUUUAAAGUUGUCUCCAGGAUUUAACAACAGUUAUCAAUUCAUGAGUAAUAAUGAUGUGUAUGUAUUUUACUUCUGAAUUUGUUGAAUGUUUUUAUUGUGUGCAUGCAAGGAUGUAAGAAUUCAACUCGUUUUUGCUUUGUGAGACUGUAAUAAUUGUGUACUGUAAUGAGGAAGAGUCAUUCUUGCACAUAAUGUCAUUUCUUAGUUUUAAUACCUCCACAGUGCUGUUUACUAACUUUAUAUACAGCUGAUUGAAACCUGAAUGCAUAUUGUCACAUGUUUACUAUGGGCGUUAAAAUACUGCCAUUCUGUAGACUCGUGUCAACUGAAGCUAAUAAAUGUUGACACAUUUACCCAACUAUUCUGUGCCAAAUCACAGAUGACCAUAUAUAUCAGUUACUUUGCAUAACAUAGGAUAAUUCAUACUUGAUUUAAAUUUUUGUAUGCUGUAUUUACUUAGACCUCAGCUGGUACAAACUAAAUGUUGAAAUGUCUACAUGGUUGCCUAAAAAAAAAGAGACAGAAGGAGAAAGGGAGAAAGAGAGAGAGAGAGAGAGAGAGAGAGAGAGAGAGAGAGAGAGAGAGACAGAGAGAGAUAAAUAUAUAUGGGUAAAAGAAUGCAUUUUUAAGGAAUUGAGUGCUGCAGAGGUGAUGUACAUCAGUAAUUUCUUGACUGUUUAUAUGCCACAUCCCUUUUGUAGAGAAGUGAGAUGUACCUAAAUAAUGUGUAAUUGAAGAAAGUUGUCUUUCUCAGGACAUUUCCACAUAAACAGAACUUGUUACAGAAGCAAAACAACAACUAGUGCUGUUAAUCCACUUUCUCGCCAUUGUUGCAUGUUAGAAACCCUACCCCCAGAUCCAGCAGUGUUAUUUUAUAUGUAAAUAAUGUGCAUCAGUGAGAACAUAUACUUUCCCCAUUUCUUCCCUCCAGAUUUGAGAAGUAACGGAUCUGAUGGAAAAUGCCUUUUAUAGGAAUCUGAAGUGUCAUGGAAACUAUUAGUAUGUAUAUUGCAUUGAAACCAAAUUUUAAAUGAAUAAAGAGUUGCAACUUGUGCUGUA